UAGGCUUCUAUCUUCUUAAAGAACUGAGGGUUUGACUGUGAAUGGUAUACAGUAGGCUAUGUGUCAGGCGUUUUACACAGAACAGAAGAAAAUGUAACCCAGUUUGGAUUAUUUCUUCAUUUUUGGAUGAAUGCGGAGACGCGGUGCGCCCUCAUUGAAAGGGAGGCUGCCUUUGCGCACCAAAUGAAGUCAUGAACGGCAGAACGAUGAUGUCAUCGCCUGCACUUGCAGCUAUAUUCCCUAUGCACUGAUCGACGUACACACACCGCUGAGGGGUUCUCACCGUUUGCGAAAGUAAUACGGAUAGCCUUCCUUGGGAAGUGGGUCAUAGAAUAAUCGGUUCACCUAUUUUCUUCUAAAGGCUAUAUGUGAAAGCUUGGUUUUGAGAGUUAAUUUGUCUGUUAAAUUGGUAUGCUACUGUCGCCUGAUAAAAACGUUUGACAUGUUAAGAUUCGUUUUUGGAUACAGAUAGCGGGAACAUUUAUUGAAAGAAUAGGCUAUAGCCUACAUUUCCAUUUUGCGUGAUGCAGAUCAAAUGUGUGCUGUCAGGUUUAUUGUGUGGUAGCCUACAGUUUUCAAUAGGCCUAAAUCAAGAUUGAAACAUCAAGAAGAUGUGCUCGUUUUGGAAAUAUAUCAAAGUACGGAAUAAAACAUACUGUAAAACAUGCUGCUCUGAGAAAUUGGACGUUGGUAUCAUUCAUGGUGUCGCGGAGAGCAAAGCACUGAGACAUGGAUAAGUUUCUGCAGAUCGCGCCUCACUCCCUGGCCAUAGUGCUAUCUCGGGUUGGCGCCGAGGAGUCGCCCGCGGUAACCGACAAGCUCCAGCAACAUCACACGGGCUACGAGAUAUUUGCCGACUUUAAAGCUGUCAACAUGCAGCACUUCUGGAAUAAGAAAGUGACCGAUGCGAUAUCGGAGACUUUUUUCCUAGGCUGGAUUGACGAGGAUGUCCUGCUGAUCCAAGGGAAGGAACACCACCUCGAGGUGCUCAGAGCGGGAUGGACGAGGCGGGCCCUCAAACCGCCCGGAGGUUUCGAGAUCAAGUGCAUCGGUGAUGUGUCUCCCAUCAGUAUGUCUCCUAUCAGCCAGUCCCAGUUCAUCCCACUGGGGGAGAUCCUGUGUCUGGCUAUCUCAGCCAUGAACUCUGCUCGCAAGCCCGUCAACCAGGAAGCCCUGAUGGAACACCUCGCCACAUGCUUCCCAGGUGUUCCAACACCGAGCUCGGAGAUUCUGCGACACACCCUAAACAUGCUGGUGCGAGAGAGGAAAAUCUACCCAACACCUGAGGGCUACUUCAUUGUCACUCCCCAGACCUACUUUAUCACCCCCAACCUCAUCCGAUCCAACAGCAAGUGGUACCACCUGGACGACCGGCAGCAACAACAACAGCAGCAGCAGUGUACCUCCCCACAGUCGGGCACCAUCACGCCCUCCACCCCGGGCUGCGUGAGGGAGAGGCCCAACCAGAAGAACCACGGGGACUCCUACAACACGUACCGCGAUGAUACGCCCAUCCCUCAAGCCCCCACUUACCAGAGGAAGUCUCCCAAGGAGCCUCGGGGAGACCCCCCCUCCUACCCUCAGCCCCCUCUGGCUCCCGUUCAGAUGCCGACGUCACAGUUGCAAGAUCCUCUAACGGACAAGAGCAAGAGUAAUGCCCCCUUCCCCUACAAGACCGACACACUGACCAAAAAAAAGGAGGGCAGUGGUGGCGGCAGCAGUGCCGAGAAGCAGUCAAAGAAGUUUGGGCUGAAGCUGUUCAGGUUGAGCUUCAAGAAGGACAAGCUGAGGCAGCUGGCCACAUUCUCGGCCCAGUUCCCCCCCGAGGAAUGGCCCCUCCGCGAUGAAGACGCGCCUGCCAUCACCAUCCCCCGCACUGUGGAGAUGGAGAUCAUCCGGCGGAUCAACCCGGACCUGACGGUGGAGAAUGUGGCGCGCCACACGGCCGUGAUGAAGAGGCUGGAGGAGGAGCGUGCCCAGAGGAGAAAAGCAGGCAGCUCGGCUGAGCACAGUGCACGCAGCCGGAGGAGUCGUGGUCACCGUCGGGUGCUGCACGGCAAGUCCCGUUCACACAGCAAGACACGCGCCUCCCGGGGCGACCCUUCCGAGAGUUCCAACUUGGACAUGGCCAUGAUGGACAGGGAUUACAGUCGCUUCUUCAGCCACUCGCUGGUGCGCUCCCCGCGUGAGGCCAUGUACACCUUGGAGCGCAAAAGAAGUGGUGGGACUUACAUAGUCCACAGCAACCCCAACAUCACAGAGUCCCACUUCCCCAUCACCCCGGAGUGGGACGUGUCCGGGGAGUUGGCGAAAAGGAGGACAGAGAUGCCUUUCCCCGAGCCCUCGCGUGGGACGUCCAGCGGGAGAGUGCACCGAAGCCACAGUCACACUCAAGAAGGAAGGAAGUCGCGUGACGAGCUGCCCGACCAGGCUAAGGAAAGGUCCCGCUCUAUGGAUAACGCUUUGAGCCCUCUGGACGGAAUGGGCCCCUCCUCUUUGGGGAUGUCAGAGGACUAUGAGCGGAGUCCAGACGAACGGAGUCGUUACUACACAGACGAUGGGACUUUGCGGGCCUCCCAGAAGUCGUCCCACUACUCAAGGAUUAUGUUCUCGGCUGCUAAGUUCAAUUCUGAAAUGUGUGUGCCUGAUGUGGGGAAGGGGAGCUUAGGGAAGGGGAGCUUAGGGAAGGGGAGCUUAGGGAAGGGGAGCUUAGGGAAGGGGAGCUUGGACGAGUCUAGGAUCCGAAGCCCACUGGAAAGGAAUAAGAGCAGAGACAGCUUGCCGGCCUACAGUGAUCUGAAGGGACUCUCGCCCAAAUCCUCGGCGGACGACUACUUCCAGUGCAAUACGUCAAACGAAACAAUCCUUACCGCCCCUUCACCUCUGUCAAAAGCAGACCACGACACGUUAACCUCGUCUGAGGGAAUCCGGAAGGGCACUCCAGUCGAUCGCCACACCCCUCACCUUACCUCUCCCCUCACGAUGGAAUACAAAGAGGACUCUUUGGCAAAGGGGCAAAACGGCUCAAACCGAUCAACACCAAGCCAGACACCAGAGCCCAUGACUAACGGACGUUUGACACAACACCAACACAACGUAGACCCUGGAGGGGGAGGCGGUGGUGGCGGGGUAGACAAGAGGAAGGAGAUCUUCAGCAAGGACACUUUGUUCAAGCCUCCACACAACACAUUGACUGCAGGCUACGUGGAGGGCACCUACACCAAGUCGGGCACCCUGCGAAAGACCCCACACAUCAAAUCAGCCGAGGUCCUUGACAAUCUAGAGGCCCAGCAGCCUUCGAAUUCAGCAGCUUCCCCCGCUUCCGCCCUGGUCCCCCAGGGCUCCGAGCCAGCGGUCCCGUCAGCCUCCGAGGCCGCCUUUGACUACUACAAUGUGUCAGAUGAUGACGAGGAGGUGGUGGCGGAGGACACCUCGCGGAAGGAGUUAGUGGUGGCAGAGGGCAAAUGUCACGGGGAGGGUGGGGGUGGAGUUGGAACCAUGCAGUGGCUUCUGGAGCGGGAGAAGGAGCAUGAUCUGCAGUGCAAGUUUGAGACUAACCUCACGCUGCUCAGCCCCAAGGAGACAGAUAACAGUAGCAGCCAGAAGUCAGCGCAUUCAGCACGUCUGGAUAGCAUGGACAGCAGCAGCGUGACUGUAGACAGUGGAUUCAACUCCCCAAGGACACGUGAAAGCCUGGCUUCCAACACGUCGAGCAUCAUGGAGAGCAAUAGACGACAGAAUCCAGCAUUGAGUCCGGGCCACAUGGGCACCACCAGCAACGGUCCGCCGUUCAGCUUUCGCGCUAUUCCUGAACCCCCCCGUACCGCACAGCCUGAGAAACUGCAGAAGUCUUCAACCUGCCUGGCGUCCAUCACCAGCGUCUGACCUGAUAUACAGACAGACAGACAUCAAGGCCUGAGAUGGAGGAGGUGGAUUAUUAAGGUUAUGGUAGGGACCGUUGGGGGUAAUGGGCGGGGGGGUGGAGAAGGCAGAAGUUGGGUCACGUUGUGCCCCCACUUUCUCCUCACCCAUCCACACACACAUGUCCACCCUCCCUCACCCAACCCCCAGAAAACUACUACUGGGACUGUUAACCACACAGGCAUGGCUUCCAGAGACUGUUCCCACAGCUUCAAAAACUUCACUGCAAAAAACAAACAACCACGAAAUAACAAAACUAUCCUGACCAGAUUAAUUUUGUCUCCCAUUGCAAGAGAGCCGAUCAGGAAUGAUCUUGAUUUGGAUUAUAUCAACUUUGAUUUUUUGGGGGGGAUGGAUUUCCAGAUUCCUCAAUGUUGGUAUUAGAGAAAUGUUGAUACAUUUAGGAUUGGAGUCACAUUUGGGAAAAUCUAUACUUUUACAUGUUAUUUCCAAUCCAUGUCCAAUGAAAUGUUUUCUAUCAAGAAUUAGAAAUAAUUUAUCAGGAGAAUUAUCUUAUUUGUAUGUUGAUGCACAGUAUUAAAAAUAAUGAAGGAAGAGAUAAGAGAUGAGAAGGUGGAAAGGCAAAAUGUCAGAGGUUCCGAUUUGUGUAGCGCAAAGCAAAAUAGGCUAUUGUAGUUCUAUCCAUACAGUAUCAUUUAUUCAUAAGUACAAUAAUGUAUACUCAAAUUUUUUUUUUAUAUUUAAAUGACCAAAAUGAAAUCGUUAAAACGAAUAAUGACAAUUUAGUAAGGGAAAACAGUUGUUUUACAUUGUUAGUUGAAUUAUUAAGUUUCCAUCCUGAAGCACUAAUGUGCCUUUUCUGUGGUAUUUAUGACUAAAUUAAAAAAAAAAAAAAAAUCUUUAUUCAACAUAUAAUCUCAGGUCAUAAGAAUUUAUUUUCUUGAACACACGCACACACACUCUGUCUGUAAUCUUGUUGGAGGUGUGUGAGGAGUUGGCCUCGCUGAUUAGUGGCUUGCUGAGUGUUGUAAUUGGUUUGACAGGACUUUACUUUUAUGUUUGUUUCAGAUGUGUUUGCCUUUUCACAACAUGUUUGCCAGAGUGUGCAUAGAUAGACCAUAAAAUAAAUGGUUGCAGCGGGUGCAAAUUGUAACAAUAUAUCCCAGGGGUAUAGGACAGACAAACACCUUAUUUCCCUUAACAUGUUUAUCACUAUCAUUGCCAGAGCCAUCAAGGCAUUUAUACAACUUAUAUCUGCGGUGUUUCCCUGAAAUGAAGUGUUUUAUGAAAUUGACCAGCUCCUAAAUUGUCUUGCAAAUUGCAAAAUCUCUCCAAAUAUUAGAGCAUGCGGACUAGUGAUGGCUACCUUGCAAGACAAUAGUGAAGAGUUAUUGCAGUCUUGCCUCUUUAUUCACAAUAUUGUUUGUAUCACAAUACUGUAAGUAUCGUGUAUUGGAAAUUUGUUUUUCUUGUACAGGUGCUAAGAUUUCUAUAUGAAACGCUCUAUUCAAUCCGUAACGCUGAAGAUCUGCUUUAUAGCGCGAUUGACAAUUAAAGGCAAUGGUUUGAAAGGACUUUACUUUAUUGUAAAUUGUCCUGAAACAAGUCCAUGCAUCAAAGCUACAUUAGGGGUUAAGUUAAUGACCUCCCACAUGCAGUAUUGCAAUGUGCAUUAUUGAAGGAAUUGAUAUAUUUAUGAUGCCCAUAAAACACAGUAAGUUUAUCAAUCUUGCAUGAUAGUGAUCAAUUAAUGAAUUACACAUCCAAUUGUACAAUUGUAUUCACUUUUACUUUGAAACUCUUUUUUUGAAGUUAUCAACAGUCUCCUCCCGGUGGGCAAAAAUGUUGGUUGAAAUGUGAUUAAAGUUAUGUCAUAUAACCUGACUACAACCAGUUAAAGAUACCUUUUUCAUAACAACAUCAAGAUGCCUGGGAAAGACUGCAUAACCUGAAUACAACGAGGUAAAGGCGUCUUUUUAUGGUAGUUAAAACAAAUAUAAAAACAAUAUUUUACAGUCAUUAGCUAAUGACCUAACAAAAUAUGACCAUGACAUCACAAAAUGUGAACCUGACGGCACUACAACCAGUUUUGCCCGCUGGGAUGAUUGUAAGGUUCCAUCUUUGUCAUGACACAAACAGUGGUGUUCAUUAUAAAACAAGUGACAUAUCAACAUGCUCAUGAAUGUCAUAUAUCAAUCACAAAGGCUAUGUCAAUCACUAAUCAAUGUCUGGUAACUAUAGGCCAAUGGAUGAUCAGGAGCACACUUGAUAAAAGAUUCUGUGAAAUCCUAGAUUAUUAUCAAGUUAGUAACAGUGAGACGGAGCGGAGACAAAGGGAAAGAUUAAAUAAUGGAUAAUGUAGAUUAAUCAAUAUAAGCAUAGAUUUUGUUCGCAGCCUCCAUACAAAACUAGCUUGCUAUUCAAGCCAGUUGCUGAGGCCGUAGUUAGUUAGUUUUGUUUUCCUAACGUGUCUUUAGCAUGAUGUCUGCUAUCAGAGAUGGUGCGGGAAUAAUUUCUGGACUUUUGGUAGCCUAUUUGAUUGACAGGAGUCUUCCUUAGUCUAUACUCAUUUGUUGAUAGUCUUGCUCACCAAAGGCAGGAUGCAACAUUUAGAAAGUUAUAGAUAAUGAGGGUUGUUUGUAAAAGUUGUUUCUAACUGCUUACAGAUAAAUGUUGUGAGGGGAGCAACAAUCAUCAGAAAAUCCACAGUGUUUAAACGUUACCGACAUAGUUUAGGAUGAUUAGCCCUGAAGGUCUAGUGGGCAUCUUAUCUAACUAAAACAUUAAGGUGUAACUGCUGGUAACUUGUUUAAAGAUAUUUAUUUCAUGGCUUAUAAGCUAUACUAGCCAAAGUUCAUGAGAGAAUUAUACUGUAUGUCCUUUUAUUUAAAUUAU